UCGUCCGUCCGUCCGUCCGUCCGUCCGUCCGUCCGUCCGUCCGCUCUUAGAAGAGGUACCAAGUGGGGCCUUUUUGCUGUACAAAUAGACCAAGUGGGGUUGUUUCAGCAUAUGGGGUCGACCCCACAUACAGAUGUGUUAUAUAUGUUCUAAAUGACAUAGUGGGGUUGCUAUAUUAAUAAAAAAAAGCAACCCCACAGGGUUUUAUCCGAUUAAAUCGGACCACGUUGGACAUGUCCAUUGCAGUUACCAAUGGACAACACCGUUGAACGAGCCAAAACUUCCGAGUAUUGGUGCUAUUAAUGCUUUAGAGGAGUUCCGCAUAUAUUGGAGAAGCGUCUAAGUGAGCGAGAUGCAUAAACAGAAGGUAGCCAUGUUGCCGCUUCGAUAGCUUAAUACGGGCGGGAAGAAGGAACAGACAAACCUCUGCGGCAUGUCGAAAUUUGUAUGGGCAAAACUGCCCCAACUACCUUCCAAGGUGUUAUGGCCUGUGAAGGUUGUAGAGGUGGCAGCAUCAUCAGUAUUGGUGUACUGCCACAGUGAUGAUGCAUGGAUAUAUGAAGAAGCGACCAGAGACGCUAAAAUUGUUUUUGGAAGACAUCCAGUGGGCAUUGAGGCAAGGUGAUGAAGGUUGCCAGAAGAGUGACAAAGAUUUGGGAGACAAUGAGGAAAAAGGCAGAGAGAGCCACCAAGAUUUGGGAGACGGUGAGGCAGAAGGCAGAGAGCGCGACCAGGAUUUGGAAGACAGUGAGGAAGGAGGCAGAGAGAGCGACCAAGAUUUGGGAGACGGUGAGGCAGGAGGCAGAGAAAGGGACACAGAUUUGGGAGACGUUGAAGAAGGAGGCAGAGAGAGCCACCAAGAUUUGGGAGACGGUGAGGCAGGAGGCAGAGAGAGGGACACAGAUUUGGGAGACGGUGAGGCAGGAGGCAGAGAGAGGGACCAAGAUUUGGGAGAUGGUGAGGCAGGAGGCAGAGAAAGGGACACAGAUUUGGGAGACGUUGAAGAAGGAGGCAGAGAGAGCCACCAAGAUUUGGGAGAUGAUGAGGCAGGAGGCAGAGAGAGCGACCAGGAUUUGGAAGACGGUGAGGCAGGAGGCAGAGAGAGCGACCAGGAUUUGGAAGACGGUGAGGAAGGAGGCAGAGAGCGCCACCAAGAUUUGAGAGAUGGUGAAGUAGGAGGCAGAGAGAGCCACCAAGAUUUGGGAGACGAUGAGGCAGGAGGCAGAGAGAGCGACCAGGAUUUGGAAGACGGUGAGGAAGGAGGCAGAGAGAGCCACCAAGAUUUGGAAGACGGUGAGGAAGGAGGCAGAGAGAGGGACACAGAUUUGGAAGACGUUGAAGAAGGAGGCAGAGAGAGCGACCAGGAUUUGGAAGACGGUGAGGAAGGAGGCAGAGAGAGCCACCAAGAUUUGGAAGACGGUGAGGAAGGAGGCAGAGAGAGGGACACAGAUUUGGAAGACGUUGAAGAAGGAGGCAGAGAGAGCGACCAGGAUUUGGAAGACAGUGAGGAAGGAGGCAGAGAGAGCCACCAAGAUUUGGAAGACGGUGAGGAAGGAGGCAGAGAGAGGGACACAGAUUUGGAAGACGUUGAAGAAGGAGGCAGAGAGAGCGACCAGGAUUUGGAAGACAGUGAGGAAGGAGGCAGAGAGAGCCACCAAGAUUUGGAAGACGGUGAGGAAGGAGGCAGAGAGAGGGACACAGAUUUGGAAGACGUUGAAGAAGGAGGCAGAGAGAGCGACCAGGAUUUGGAAGACGGUGAGGUAAGAGGCAGAGAGAGCCACCAAGAUUUGGAAGACGGUGAGGAAGGAGGCAGAGAGAGGGACACAGAUUUGGAAGACGUUGAAGAAGGAGGCAGAGAGAGCGACCAGGAUUUGGAAGACAGUGAGGAAGGAGGCAGAGAGAGCCACCAAGAUUUGGAAGACGGUGAGGAAGGAGGCAGAGAGAGGGACACAGAUUUGGAAGACGUUGAAGAAGGAGGCAGAGAGAGCGACCAGGAUUUGGAAGACGGUGAGGAAGGAGGCAGAGAGAGCCACCAAGAUUUGGAAGACGGUGAGGAAGGAGGCAGAGAGAGGGACACAGAUUUGGGAGACUUUGAAGAAGGAGGCAGAGAGAGCGACCAGGAUUUGGAAGACGGUGAGGUAAGAGGCAGAGAGAGCCACCAAGAUUUGGAAGACAGUGAGGAAGGUCCAAACAGGAAAAAAGCAAAAAUUGUCAUCGUCAGUACAGAUGAAGAAAACAUUGGUCCAAAACGAAAGAAAGCGAAAAUGAUCUCUAUAUCGGAUGAAGAUGUUGUGGUUGGAAGUGUUGAUUCAGAUGACUCGCAAGUAUCAGAAAUCUUCCCUCAGCUAAAUAUUAAUCUUCCAGAUAAAAUUAUGUCAGCUGUGGUGUAUGACUCUGAAUCUGAGGAAGGAGGGAAGAUGUCAUCUGUGGAAUAUGAUGCUGAACCUGAGGAUUGUGCUAUUGCAAGGGAUGUGAAAAACCAAGAUAUUUAUGUUAGUCUUGUGCAGAAAAGUCAGACGACCCGAAAAGGCAAGAGGAAAAAGAAUAGAAGAGUGUACAAUGCAAAACACCCCUGCCCGUUUUGUCCAAAAAUAGUUGCCAACUUUUCGCACCAUAUCACAACAGUGCAGCAUAAACAGGAACAUUCAGUAAAAGAAAUAUUGGAAACUUCUGAUGCCAAGACCAAACAAAUAAAAAUUGCAUUGCUUCGAUUGAAAGGUGCACAUGAACAUAACAUGCGUUCUUUGAAGGAAAAGAAAGGAGAGAUAUUUCUUCGUAGGAGAUCAAACGUUGAUGAUUCAGAUUCAGAAGGCUCUGAAGACGAAGGGAAAAAUAGCAUAGAUAUUGAGAAAUAUGGACCCUGUCCAAAAUGUUUUGGUUGGAUUACACUUCACUCCAUCAAGCGACACAUGAAGAUGUGCAUCUUGUCAGACGAUUCAUUUCUAUCGACAGCAUCAAAAGGAACCUUGACAGUUCAGUCUCGAUUGCUGUCUGGAAGACUUCCUGAAGAAGCUUCCCAAGCUCUUAUCAAAGAAGUGUUCCCAAUAAUGCUUGAAGACAAUGUAUGCAAGGUUUCAAAGGAGGACAGUUUGAUUGUGUCAUUAGGGAAUCAGUGGAUGCUGAGAAACAAGGGGAAUGCUAUAAUGAGGAAAUAUUAUACAAGUUCCGUGAUGAGACUGGCUGCAAAAUUGAAACUAGCUCUGCAACAUUUGGACAACAGCACGAAGGAUUUGGAUGAAUACUUCCAACCAAGUAACUUUGAUGUUGUGGUAAAAGGGGCACUGAGAUGUUGCUUUCCAGCAGAUGCUGAUGAAGAAGAGUUAAAAUCGCCAAGCAAUGCUAUCAAGCUAGGUCACGAUAUCAAGCGAUUGGUAUCGGCCAAAUUGGCCAAGGCAUUGAUGGCUGGCAAUGCUUGCAAAAAGAAGGAGGCAGAAGAAUUUCUUAAAUUGAUGGAAAUUGAAUGGGGACUACGUGUAACUAAACUUGCCAGGAUCAUCUUGAACGAACGGGCCUUCAACCGAGACAGGAAUCUACCCAUUCCAGAUGAUGUCAGGAAACUUGCAGAAUAUAUGCAACAUGAAAUCCUCAAUCUGGACCUGAAAACCUGUUCCUUGUCCAACUACAGGAAAGUGGCAGUAGCAACAUUGGCAAGAGUGACCCUCUUCAACAGAAGGCGUUGCCAUGAGGUUCAAGCAAUGAAAAUUUCUUCUUAUGAAAAAAGGAAAACUGGGGAAAAUGAAUUGUCACAAGAACUGCGAGGAGAUCUCACAGCAUUUGAGAAGAACCUUUUAAACCGACAAGAUAUGGUCACUAUUCGUGGAAAGACAGGAAAGGGUGUUCCAGUUAUUCUACCACAAGACACAAAGAAGGCAUUACAGUUCUUAACAGAUCCAGAGAAUCGUACGAAAGUUGGUGUGCCAUCAGGCAAUCCUUAUGUGUUUGGAAGUAAUGGAGCGGGUGUUUACAGAGCUUACGAUGCAAUACGAACAAUUGCAUCAGGUGCAGACCUUCAAUACCCAAAUCUCAUACGUACAUCAAACAUGAGGAAGUACAUGGCAACUAUGUUACAGGCCUUAAACACAAGUGAAGCAGAAAGGCAAUGGGUUCUUGAUCACCUUGGUCAUACUAUGGAUGUUCAUAAAAUCCAUUAUCGUAUGACGUCUGAUGUGUUGGAACGUGUUGAUGUUGCGAAGAUUCUAUUGAUUCAGGAUAUGGGAUUAGUUGGACAAUACAGAGGGAAAAAGCUGGAUGAUAUACAGUUAGAUGAUCUGAUCUCUCUGGAUGAGGCUCCCUCCCCAGAUGUUGAAGAAGCAGGCCCGAGAAAUACAGAAAUCUCUAAUAUUCUGGCAAAGACUACAGAUAGCGAUGAGUAUGUGCCAGAAAUAUUCCAAUCUGAUGAGGAGGACGAUGAUGAUGAUUGUGGUGCGGAGUUUUCGGAAAGAAAACGGAAAACUAGGAAGCCUUCUGUCCUGCGUCAAAAAUGGUCACCAGGAGAAGAAAAGGAGUUGGAAACACUUUUCAAAACAGACUUUGAAAGAGACAAAUGUCCAUCUCAAAAACGUGUUGAAACUGUGAUUAAGAUAAGCAAAUCAAGCAAUGGAGUAAUCUACAAAAGAAACCGUGACACGAUAAAAAAGAAAGUUAGUAACAUGAUGGUCAAAAAGCGAAGAAGUAACCCCUAGCAUGAAAGACCUGAUAGGUCCGAUCUGAUGAAAGACAAUAUAUUGGUAUUCUGGUAGUUAUUAAGUCUUCUGACCCAAAGGGUUUUGCCAUCGUGCUUCGUCUGUAAAUAUUUCCUUUGAUAAUGUUCUUCUCAAUAACCAAAAGGCCCAGGAUGCUGAGAUUUGGCCAGUAGGUACCAGGACCUUGACCUACUUGCAAGGUCACACGGUUCAAAUAUGUUAAAAUCUUUAAGAAACUUUUUCUCAAUAAUGGAAAGGUCCAGGGUAUUGAUAUUUGGCCUGUAGCAUGUUUGUUCAAAUGAAUGACCUUGACCUACUUUCAAGGCAGCAGGAGUCAAAUAUGUUAGUAUCAUAACCAACUAAAAUUAUAUAGUAGUAUAUACAUUGCAUAGUCAAAUGGCUUUUAAGGCCAGUUAAGCCUCUUGUUUGAGAUCCAGUCAGAUCAAGAUGAAUUUUACAUAGAAUUCCAAUUGUAAACUUUUUUUGUUGAAAGGUUUUGAAUGUAGUGUUCUGAUUUAAGAAGCGUUCUGAUUUUGAUAUGUGCAAAUUACUUGCAUUUUCUGUUAAACUUGUGAUGAAUAUCGGUAAAUUGUUUUAAGAGAUCCAGUCAGAUCAGAUGAAUAAUGCACAGAAUUGCCAAUGUAAACUUUUUUGUAAGAAUUGAAAGUAGUAUUCUGAUUUAUAAAUCUUGCUCUGUUAAACAGUAGUUCUAGGUUGAGCGUGAGUGUACGCCCGAGUAUAGCCUGUGUACCUGCAGUAAAUCCAUAAAAAUCAAUGAAAAGGAGAAUGUCGAUUUAUUCCAUGAGCAGAUAAACGAUAAUCAGCAUACAUGUAUAUAUAGUAUAUAUAUGAAAGGUAUUAAACAAAUGUACAUAUACACAUGAAACAGUAUGAAGUUUGAAUAAAAUACAGUACAUAACGUCUGAUAUCAACAUGCAUAUUAGACAUCAUACAUAUAUAUAGUAAUUAAUCUGACAUAAUAUUUACAAAAAAUAUUUGGCCUUGGAAAUAUCUUCUCAGCUGUAAUAGUUUUAGUCUUGUCACGAUAAAUUGGGAAGUUUUAAAACUUGAUUGAUCAUAAACAAGACAUUUCCAUGAUCAAACAAUUAGAACAGGGAUGUUCUACGAGUAAGUGGAUGGUACCACUCGCUUGGAACAGAAAUGUUCUACAGGUAGAUCGCCUAGAACAGGGAUGUUCUAAAGGUUAAGAUCUAGAGUACAAAGUAGUGGAGUGGUACCAUCUGUAACCCUGGGGUUACAUGAAGAGGUCGUUUGACACAGAAAAAAGUUGAAUGGAAUAUUAUAGAAUUUUGCAUAUAACCAAAGUGAAAUUGGGUAAUUAUGUAGAUAUUUUAUAAUAUCUUGGCAAAACCAAGGAUUUUUGAUUUAUAGAAAAAGUUAAAAAAUUGUUAAGUGCGAGUGCCAAAAAGAUUCAGAUGGGAGAGCAGCUGGAUAGAUCCCCAAGUUCAUGAUAUAUGUCUAGAUACACAAUUAUAUUGAAAUGUUUUCAAUUAAUACAAACCAAACAUUGAUGCAAAUGAAAACAAUUUGUUGCAUGUUUCAGGUUGAGAUAAAUAUUAAAUGUAUGUGCAGACCUUAAAGUUGCACGCAAUCAUACAUUACUGAUGUCUGAUGAUGACUGUAAAGGCCCUUUGGCCUCAUGUUCAGUGUUUUGAUAUUUUUUCAAUAAUAAAAUGUUUUUGAUUGUUCAA